GACAGCUUAUCUGGGCUUAUCCCGCGCAGGUCACGCUGGAAGCUGUUCACGCAGGAGCAAUGAAAGCGGUACAGUUCCACCACUAUGGUGGACCAGAAGUGUUGCAGCUGUCGACGAGAGUUGCAAAACCCUCUCCUGACGAAAACCAGGUGCUCAUACGUGUAAUGGCGGCAGGAGUUAAUCCUCUGGACACAUACAUCAGGGCUGGGGAAUUUGGGGAAGUCGCCCUCCCCCACACCAUCGGCUGGGACACUGCCGGGGUUGUGGAGGCAGUUGGCCCGGGGGUAGAGAGAUUUUCCCCUGGGGACCGAGUGUACACUAUGAAGACGGUGACCGGAGGAUGUGCAGAAUUUACGGUGGCUGAUCAAAAUUAUGUAGGUCAUCUAGACCAAGCCUUAUCAUUUGAAGAAGGCGCGUGUGUCGGGAUACCGUAUUAUACAGCUUAUAAGGCGCUUAUAACCCUUGCACGCGCCAGACCGGGCGAUAACGUUCUUAUUCACGGAGCAAGUGGAGGCGUAGGUGUGGCGGCGAGUCAACUUGCCAAGGCACACGGAAUGAAGGUUAAUGGCACUGCCGGUACCGACGAGGGAAUAAGUUUUGCGAAAGACAAUGGCUGUAUCAACGUUUUUAAUCACAGGCACAGAGGAUACGUGAACCAGCUUCUUGAUACAACUGACGGCGACGGAUAUGACGUCAUUAUAGAAAUGGCGGCUCACGCGAACAUGGACAGCGACGUGGAACUGAUGCGACGUAAUGGAAGGACUAUAAUUGUAGGGUCAGCAGGGGAAGUGAAGUUCAGUCCUUUGUCCACCAUGUUGAAAGAAAAUUGGUUCAGGGGGAUCAGCGUCCAAACAUCAUCGCCUGAAGAACUGGUGGAAUUCAGAAACGCCAUUGAAGCUGGUCAAAGGUCAGGUUGGGUGAGACCCAAGAUCGGCUCAAGUUUCCCAAUGCAAAAAGCUAGAGAGGCACAUAAACUGCUUAAUUCACGGAAAGGGGCGAAGGGAAAGAUAGUCAUCACGAUAUGAAACUAUGUACAGUAUCAUGUUCAAGGGUACAGGUAACAUUUCAUUUACGCCAUUUUACAUAUCAUGAGAUUCCCGAAACAAGGGAGGUAACUCAUCGUAACACUCCAGUUUCCAAUGAAACUCCACAGUUAACUCCCUUGAAUCUGAAAGGUUACGUUUUUGUACGAGCAAAGGAUUCAAAUUUCACUGUUCUCUUGUAUUACCUAUACAAUUGUACUGCAACCCGAUUUUGUACUGCCAUAGGGAUACCUUUGUAUUGAUUUAUGAACAGAGAUAAUUUUCAAAUACAACUGUUAAUUGCA